ACACAUUGACUAAAGAAUGACAGGUCUUACCAACACCAAAGCUACAUAAAACAGUCAUAAUGGUGGUAACACGGUGGAUGAAUAACAAGGGGUGUAACACGGGUUUCUGCGAAUAUUGCUAGAGUUGAAAGUACAAGUUAUUCUAAGUACAAAAUGUUUUAUGCACAUGUGUUUUAUGGCCUUGUUUAGCUGUUAUGAGCACAUUUGCAGUGGGCACUGGAGUGGACAUUCAUUGCAGGAUGUGUUGACGCAGGACGGCUUCAGUAAUAUCCCAUAAUGAGACAGGGUUGUGUGUGAUGUCUCUUAAACACUGUCAUUACAUCGCAUUAGAUCAGCCUUGAGAGGUCCACUUCCACCACCGAGCACAAGGAAAGGAUCAGCAGCAGUGUGCCUCUGCACAAGGUUAAUGCUGGUGCAGCACAUCUCACUACUUUAGCACGCAAAACUGCUCUGAUCUCUACCAUCAUUCAGGGAAAUGUGGAUCUUUGGCUAUGGGUCCCUCACAUGGAAGGUGGACUUUCCUUACAAGCAACGAGUUGUGGGCUACAUCAAGGGAUAUUCUCGCAGGUUCUGGCAAGCUAGUGUUGAUCAUCGCGGAGUUCCAGGCAAGCCUGGCCGUGUGGUAACAUUGGUUGCUUCUGAAAAUCCUGAGGCUCAGGUGUGGGGAGCAGCCUAUGAAAUCCCUCCUCAGCAUGAGGCAGAGGUAACAAAGAAGCUUAAUAUCAGAGAGCAACGUUUUGACACCCGUCGGGAGAUGGCCAUGUAUGGAGCUGGGGGCCAGAAGCUGCCUCAUCCAGUGAUGGUGUUUGUGGGCACCAGUCAGGAAGAACUGUUUUUGGGGGAUGCUCCUCUGGAAACCAUGGCCAAGCAGAUAUCAGAGUGCCAGGGUCCAUCAGGGCCAAACUAUGAGUACCUCUUUCAUUUAGCUAAAUUCAUGAGGAUGGAGGUGCCAGAAGCCAAGGAUGAGCAUCUGUUUCAGUUAGAGGAAGCUGUUAAGAACCUGCUUGUGAAUACUAACACGAAUUUUGUUUCUUCCUCAUGAAUUCCUUGGGCCUAAUUAUUGCCUUAAUUUCUUAUUUUGUACAUAGUCUAUAUACAAACAAGUACAACAUUAUACAUGUAUAUGCAUAUAUGAAUUAUAUCAUAACUGUGAUAGCUAGGUACUGUUGCUGGUGAUAAUUUAUUUGUUCACAAUGUAUCUCUAAUACCUACUCACUUAUAGAGCUUGUUCUCUUUAGGAAUGAUGGGAGUCAGUAUGAAAUAACUAAUAAUCUAUCAUCAGAUAUUUUCUUGCACCAUUACUUUCUUAUGUAUGUAUGCUCACAUAUAAGUAAUCAUAGAAGGCAACCUGUGGGAAGUCAAAGAAAAAAUAAAUUUCAAUAGUAUAUAUAUAUGCAGAGAUUACAGGUACUGUUGUUGUCAAUAUUAAGUGUAAAUAAAUUGCAGAUGCUUGUGGAUGCUGGCAUUUUAUCAGUCAUAUGCUUUCAUUCACUGCUUUGCUGCAUUACCUUUCUAUCUAUAUCUCUGACACCUUGUGCCCCUUUAGAGACUUUAUUCAAGAACAAUCAUGCUGAAGAGUCUCCUCCAUUUUGUGUUCUGGCAUUCCUGCUGAGGCACCAACAAAGCACUUGUGCAAUGUAGAAUAGACACAGAACUUGAUGGAAAUACAGAAAAAAGUAUAUGCUAAGGUUCAAAGGGAUUUCUUCCUGAGCCUCAGAAGCAUCAGCGGUUAUCAGUGCCACAUUACUGGGUUCAUAGCACAGCUUUCUAUAGACCUGCAUCUUAAACAUAGCAAUAAGAGUGUAUGCUAAAACCUUGCUAAGUUGGACUAAUUGGAGGGAAAAGGCUGAUGCAACUUAGCUGAAAAUCCAACUUAAUCAAACUCAAUACUGCAUUUAAGUUUCUUGACCCCAAGCUAUUCAGCAAGCUUUCCUGCAGCAUGCUGGAUGUCCAGGCUGCGCACUGUUACCCCUUCAGCUCUUUCUUUGCACAUACUAUUUGUAGACAAGUUUGUCAUGGUUUUUGUGCUGUGCCUUCCUCACUUUAUACAGGUUCUUUCCCUUCCCUUAAAAGUGUUCAACUUAACCUGUAUCUAAUGUAAAGGAGUCUGACUUAAUGAGAUUUUAUUUUACAUAUAAUGUAAAUAAGUAAAUUAUGUAAAACUGAACAGUCACAAUUAAGAGCUUAUUCAUUCACAUCAUAUCACUAAAAGCUAAAUAAUGUUGAAAUGUAUGUGUACAUCUUCAUGAAGAACAAUUAAAUACAGACUGUAUACCAUAUGUACCAUCAGUUUUAUGCAAUAGUGCUUAAGAUAUGUAUUUGCACAUAUUAUGUAGCAAACCUAUACAUAAAGAGCACAGAUAGAUAGAUAGAUAGAUGGAUAGAUAGAUAUUUUAUUGACCACACCAAAAAAUAUAAUAUAUAUAUAUAUAUAUAUAUAUAUAUAUAUAUAUAUAUAUAUAUAUAUAUAUAUAUAUAUAUAUAUAUAUAUAUAUAUAUAUAUAUAUAUAUAUAUAUAUAUAUAUAUAUAUAUAUAUAUAUUACAAAGCAUGGUCCACGAAAAGGUGCAUAUUGUUGAUGACAUUUAAUUUUAAUCCUAUAUAACCAAGAACUAUUCAGGAAUAAAUCAUUAGUAUUCUGUAAAUAAUUUUACAUGCAUCAUCAUCUCCCAUUCGACCAAACAACAGACCAUGAAUACUAUUAAUUUUUUAGGUGUUAUGAACCUCAGUUGUUAAGGGACACUCCACAACGACAUGUUCUUCUGUCUGUACCUUGCCACGAGCGCACAGCCUCUCAUCGACUGACAGAUGGCUGCAUUCCCUCCUAUUCCAUCUGCCUGUCUCUAUCGCUAAUGAAUCAGAUAAUACAUGAAAGCGAGAGAA